AUGUUUGCGUGCUUGUGGGCAAGGAGAGCCAUCACAUUCUCUGGGAGCGGACUUCCUCUCUGCUGGUCUGGUCUUUCUGUCUGCCCGUUGCUGGUCCCAGACUCGCUCUCCGGCCCCAACCCCCUCUCUCUCCCUCUUCGACUCUCUCCCUCUCUCAGCAGCUGUCUCUCCCGUGCUGCUGGCCGGUCUCUCUCCUUCCCGCAGUCGCCUCCUUCUCCGCCUACCUGGGUGGCCGCCAUGGGCCGGAAGCAGCUCAUCACUGACUCCUACCCAGUAGUGAAGAGGAGGGAGGGCCCCGCUGGACACAGCAAGGGGGAGCUGGCAACAGAGCUAGAAGCAGAGAUCCAGCCCCUGAGUGUGGACGAAGAGGAGCUGGAGCUGCUGAGGCAGUUUGACCUGGCCUGGCAGUUCGGGCCCUGCACAGGAAUCACAAGGCUGCAGCGCUGGCACCGGGCAAAGCAGAUGGGCUUGGAGCCUCCCCCAGAAGUGCAUCAGGUGCUGCAAACCCACCCUGGAGACCCCCGCUUCCAGUUCAGUCUCUGGCAUCUUUAUCCCCUUUGAGGUACCACGUAAGAUCUCCUGCCUGCUACUCAAGAACCUCAGGACACAAGCAAGAGCCAGUUGCUGCCCCUCAGCUCAGUUCUGCUGUGAAGAACAUUUGGCAGGAAGGAGUCUCACAGGGAAGGAAAGAGGCUGACUUUGGAGGUCUCCGCACUCAGCCCUCCCUCCAGCAGGCCUCCAGAGCUCCUCUGAGAACUGCGGAGGACUCCCUACAGCGAUGGUGGUCUCUGAGGAUAAGAACCUGGCCAUGGCCAUUCUGACAUCUGCCACAUGCCUCCCUGACCUAAACACCGC